ACAAUUCCCGUAUCCAACACACAGUUUUAUUCCUCCCAGAUCUCUCUAUAUCCCCACUAUUCACAUUUUCUUUAGCUGCUAUUUUCUCAAGGAUUGUUUUUAAUGCUGAUGAUGGGUACAAAGAAGCUAAAAAUCUGUACUUUUUGCUCAGCUGUGAUCUGGGUCAUUGUGGUUUUGAGCUUCUGGGUGAACAUGGUGCAGUGCCAAGAUUUGAGUGGCAAUGGUCAAGUAGACGACCCUGCUGUUCAAGUUAUGACACAGUUUGUUUAUAGCACGCUUUCCAAUCUCACUUCAGUUCUCAGUCGGCAGAUCAGCAACCACUCCAAUUUCUGCAUUAGGGACCCGGAUGCUGAUUGGAAUAAGGCAUUUAAUUUCUCUUCCAAUUUGGAUUUCUUGGCUUCGUGUGUUCAAAAAUAUAAAGAAAAUGUCGCCCGGCGCUUUUGCUCAGCAGCAGAGAUGAAAGCCUACUUCAAUACUUUCUUUGAAGGCUCUGGGAGUCCCAAUUAUCUAAAACCUAACAAGAACUGUAAUUUAACCUCUUGGCUUCCUGGCUGUGAGCCUGGAUGGGCUUGUAGUCUCUCCCCAAAUCAGCAGGUUGACCUUCAAAAUUCACAUGAAAUUCCUUCAAGAUCUCGUGACUGUGAUGCUUGUUGUGAGGGAUUUUUCUGUCCUCGUGGUCUUACAUGCAUGAUACCUUGCCCGUUGGGUUCCUAUUGCCCUCUUGCAACACUAAAUAAGGAUACCGGAACAUGUGAACCAUACAAUUACCAGCUGCCUCCAGGACAGACGAACCAUACUUGUGGGGGAGCAAAUUUAUGGGCUGAUGUUGCUAGUAGCCUUGAGAUGUUCUGUUCUGCAGGAUCUUAUUGCCCAACAACAAUCCAGAAAAGGGCUUGUGAUAGUGGACAUUACUGCCGGAUGGGCUCUACAUCUGAGAAACGCUGCUUUAGGUUAACUUCCUGUAAUCCGAACACUGCAAAUCAGGAUAUGCAUGCUUAUGGAGUUAUGCUCAUAGCUGCCACAAGUACUCUGCUACUCAUUAUUUACAAUUGUUCUGACCAAGUUAUUGCUGCACGGGAAAGGAGAUUAGCUAAAACCAGGGAAGCAGCAGCAAGAAGUGCAAGGGAGACAGUAAAAGCACGUCAAAAAUGGAAAGCUGCAAGAGAUGCCGCUAAGAAGCGUGCAAGUGGAUUGCAAGCUCAUAUAUCACGCACAUUUUCUCGUAAAAAAUCCAGCAGACAUCCUGAGCAAGUUAAGAUUUUGGAUAAAACAAAUGCUGAAACAGAUUCUGACUUACACCCACAUGUACAUACAAAUACACCAUAUGCUAGUACUUCAAGUGAGUUUCCGCCCUUAUCUAAGACAUCAAAAGGAAGGCAAAUGGAACCUGUUGGUCUGAUGAAGAUGAUGCAUGAUAUUGAAGAUGAUUGUCAAAACUUUGAACCUUUCAACCUUGAAAUUGGAGUGACAAAAGCAGAUGAUCACAUGCCAAAAGGAAAACAAAUAAAUACUGAUAGCCAAAUUUUCAAAUAUGCGUAUGCUCAACUUGAGAAAGAGAAAGCACUGCAGCAGCAGAACAAAAAUCUUACCUUCUCUGGAGUAGUUUCUAGGGCUACUGAUCCCGAAAUCAGGAAAAGGCCCCUGAUUGAGGUCUCUUUUACAGAUCUUACAGUCACUUUGAAAGCAAAUGACAAGCAUCUUUUGAGGUACGUAACUGGGAAGAUUAAACCUGGUCGCAUUACUGCUGUCAUGGGCCCAUCAGGUGCUGGAAAAACAACAUUUAUUUCUGCUCUGGCAGGAAAGGCAAUUGGAUGCAAGAUGACUGGUGCAAUUCUUAUAAAUGGAAAGGAUGAAUCAAUCCACUCAUAUAGGAAAAUAAUUGGUUUUGUUCCACAAGAUGACAUUGUGCAUGGAAACUUGACGGUUGAAGAGAAUCUUCAGUUUAAUGCUAAGUGCAGACUAUCUGCAGAUUUAUCAAGGCCUGAUAAAGUUCUCAUUGUGGAAAGAGUUAUUGAGUCUCUAGGGCUUCAGAUGGUGAGAGAUUCCCUGGUUGGAACGGUAGAGAAGCGGGGUAUCUCUGGAGGCCAAAGGAAGCGAGUAAAUGUUGGAUUGGAAAUGGUAAUGGAGCCUUCACUAUUGAUCUUAGAUGAACCGACAUCUGGUCUGGACAGUGCAUCCUCUCAGCUGCUGCUUAGAGCACUUAGACAUGAAGCUCUUGAAGGGGUAAACAUCUGCAUGGUGGUUCAUCAACCAAGCUAUGCCUUGUUCAACAUGUUUGAUGAUUUGGUACUUCUGGCAAGAGGUGGUCUCACUGUUUACCAUGGCUCAGCAAAGAAAGCUGAAGAAUACUUUUCCAGCCUUGGGAUCAAUGUCCCCGAACGUGUUAAUCCCCCAGAUUACUUUAUUGACGUUUUGGAGGGUAUGGUAGAACCAAAUACAAGCACAGGGGUGAACUAUAAGGAGCUUCCUAUCAAAUGGAUGCUUCACAAUCGAUACCCUGUACCCCCAGAUAUGCAGCAGCAUGCUGACAGGCUUGCUACACCUGCAGUGGGUGUAGAUCAAGAACAUAGAACAAAUCUUACUGGUGCAAAGGAAAGAUCUUUUGCUGGAGAGUUAUGGCAAGAUGUCAAAGGAAACAUGGAGUUUCAUCGGGAUAAAAUUAGGCAUAAUUUCCUAGUGUCCAAAGACUUGUCAAAUAGGAGAACUCCAGGCAUAUUCCAGCAGUACAGAUACUUUCUUGGGAGGGUAUCCAAGCAAAGAAUGAGGGAAGCUAGGUUACAAGCAGUAGAUUAUCUAAUCCUGUUGCUUGCUGGAGCCUGCUUAGGAUCAUUGGCAACAAUGAGUGAUCAAAGCUUUGGGAGUGCCAGUUACAUCCAUACCAUUAUUGCAGUAUCACUUCUAUGUAAGAUUGCAGCUUUGAGAUCAUUUUCACUGGAUAAAUUGCAGUAUUGGAGAGAGAGUUCAUCUGGCAUGAGCAGCUUGGCUUACUUUUUGGCCAAAGAUACAGUUGACCACUUUAACACGGUAAUCAAGCCUCUGGUGUAUCUCUCAAUGUUCUAUUUCUUCACAAACCCAAGAUCUACCUUUACAGAUAACUAUGUUGUCUUGCUGAGCCUAGUGUACUGUGUCACUGGCAUAGCCUACAUAUUAGCCAUUUUCUUCCAACCAGGUCCAGCUCAGCUGUGGUGUGUUCUUCUUCCAAUUGUUUUCACCCUUGUUGCAACAGAGACAAAAGACAGUGCAAUUUUGAAGAAAAUAUCUAAUUUGUGCUACCCUAAAUGGGCUUUGGAAGCUUUUGUGAUUGCAAAUGCUGAAAGGUAUUAUGGAGUCUGGCUGAUUACUCGUUGUGGGGCUCUUAUGAAAAGUGGCUUCGAUCUGCAUGCAUGGACUCUUUGUAUAUGCCUCCUCCUCUUUGCUGGUUUAGUUAGCCGAGGAAUAGCAUUCCUUGGUAUGUUCACAUUCAAAAAGAAGUAAGCUCAUACAUAUCUGACAUUCUAUCUUCAUCUACAAAACGGCGUGUACGGGUCUAGGGGCUUGCGGUUGUAGAAUUAAGCAUGCCAGCAAAGUCUCCUGCAGUAAAACCAAACCACAUUGAAUCUCUAUAACAUGAUAGUGAUACAACAACCUUCUAUUAAAGAUUGGUUGUCCCUUAGGCUUUACUGCCCAUUUCCUCCUGCAGGAAUGAAUGUCAUUGCUUACAAAGUAAGUACAUUCAUACAGUGUCUGCUGGUCAAAAGGCAGAAACAUAGUGCUAUUCCAUUCAUUUUUUAGGAAAGUGAAUUCCCAGAUAAUAUUCUGUUUUAGAUUUUUGUGCAAUGAAGCGCCAUACAGAUUGUACCAUUACCAUUUUUGUUCUAACCAUUGUUGCAAACAUUUCCUUGGUACCUAUGGAAGCAGAUUGUCCCAAUAUGGGGGGAACGGAACAGGAUAUAGUCUCUUGUGCUAUAAAUUUCUGUUUUCUAU